CCUUUCUUCUCCCGAUUUUUUCUUUUUUCUUUCUUACUCUUCGCCCGCUCAAAAGUUGCGAACAUUCAAUCUUCAUACUGCAAAAUGCUUUUCAAGUUUUUGUAUCUAUUGUCUGCAGCUGUCAGUUGUCAAUUCCAGGAUUUUGAGGGCUCUGGCGAAGAAGCUUUGAUCGAUGAAUAUUGGCUCCAAAGACUUAUUGAAAAUGUUGGAAUUCCUCACUACCUUACACAGAAAGCUUACCAACUCACUGCAAAUGCAAAGGAACAUGUCGACGAAGACGAGAUUCUAACUCUAGACGCUUCGGUCCCAGACUAUGCAAGACAGGUUUUCACUACACAGGUUCUGAGCACGGAUGGGCUAAGUCAAGAAACUCUGCAAAACUCGACGGAAAAGUUCAUGACAGUUGUGUACUUUGCAUUUCGACCUUUUGGUUGUGAUCAGGACAACAUCUGGCCAAGUGUUUACAAUUUGACACGAGACAACCUCGACUGCCUGGCUUUCACAUUGUUGCAAAGAAUUUAUGACAAAUCAGAGUUUACAAGGAAGUACUUCGCACGAGCUAUUCAUUUUGGUCUUACCAGUACGGCUCCAAUGAAUCACAGAAUUCAUGAAAUGAUGGUCUACCAAUAUCUCCUACCAACUCUUGACCGAGUAUGGUUCAAUAGCAUGAAAAUCCAAUUUAAAAACAGUUUUUGGAAUGAACAAGAGUAUUCAAGAAAAUCGACCUACGAAGAUAACAGUUUUCUUUGUGGAUCUUUCCCAUUUUCAGAUGAAGUCCAGGAGAAAAUCAACUACUAUUUUAACUCACGAUAAAACAAAAAGCUUUUUGAAAUUGUUAUUCUCAAUUUUUAUUCAUAUAUUUUUGAAAAUAAAUCACUUCCUGUAGU